CAAAUAAAUUUAAAUAAAAAAUAAUAAUAAAAGUAAUAUCUGUGUCGCUCAGUUGCUGACGAAUUGGUUCACAGUUUCAACUUUCAUGCUCUAACGCCAUGAGCGCCAGAGCUCUUCUCUACUCAUUCUCUCCCAAGCCCAACUUAUCACUACCUGAUAUUUCGGGCCACAGAAAAAGCUUCGGCUCCGAUUUCAGAAACCAAGCCCAGUUUCGGAUCCGGGUCCGCUAUAGCCCACCGGCCGGGCAGGAACGGUACUUCGUUUUCAGUGUCUCGGGGAGAAGUUCGGGUAGGAAGAGAACUGGGAAAGUGUGGGCGGAUGUUAAGUCGGAGCGUUUUGAAGUUUCAGAACCGGUUCCGCCGGAAACCGUGAAGCUUAAGGAUGCUUUUAACGACGUCGUUUCGGGAAAGGAAAAUUCGGAGGGCGUGAGCCCCUGGUGGGAAGAGUUCCCUAAAAGAUGGGUUAUCGUUCUUUUGUGCUUCUCGGCUUUUCUUCUGUGUAAUAUGGACAGAGUAAAUAUGAGCAUAGCUAUACUUCCCAUGUCAGCAGAGUUCAAUUGGAACCCCGCUACUGUUGGUUUGAUACAGUCUUCUUUUUUCUGGGGUUAUCUCCUCACUCAGAUUGCUGGUGGCAUAUGGGCAGACACAGUAGGUGGUAAGAAGGUCUUGGGAUUUGGAGUUGUUUGGUGGUCUGUUGCUACGAUUCUCACUCCCUUUGCUGCUAGAAUGGGGUUGCCCUUCUUGCUUGUUGUUCGUGCAUUCAUGGGAGUUGGCGAGGGUGUUGCCAUGCCUGCAAUGAAUAAUAUUCUGUCGAAAUGGGUUCCUGUGUCAGAGAGAAGUCGAUCAUUGGCUCUUGUGUACAGUGGCAUGUACAUUGGUUCAGUCACUGGUUUCGCAUUCUCACCUUUUUUAAUACAUCAGUUCGGAUGGUCAUCAGUCUUUUAUUCCUUCGGUUCUCUGGGGACAGUUUGGUUUACUAUUUGGUUAAAUAAGGCAUACAGUUCUCCUCUUGAUGAUCCUCAACUGCGACCUGCAGAGAAAAAGCUAAUUCUUACUAACAGUGUCUCCAAAGAACCUGUUAAAGCAAUUCCUUGGGGACAAAUAUUGUCAAAGGCUCCUGUAUGGGCCCUGAUAGUAUCUCAUUUCUGUCACAAUUGGGGAACCUUCAUUCUUCUUACAUGGAUGCCAACAUACUAUCACCAAGUGCUGAAGUUCAAUCUCACAGAAUCUGGACUCUUUUGUGUCUUGCCCUGGCUUACAAUGGCAUUCUCUGCAAAUCUUGGAGGAUGGAUUGCAGACACACUUAUUAGUAGAGGUUAUUCAGUGACAACUGUUCGUAAGGGCAUGCAAACAAUUGGGUUUCUUGGCCCUGCUUUCUUCCUCACUCAGUUGAGCCAUAUUAAUUCUCCUGCAAUGGCUGUUUUGUGUAUGGCAUGCAGCCAGGGAACUGAUGCAUUUUCACAAUCUGGUCUUUAUUCAAACCAUCAAGAUAUUGCUCCUCGAUAUUCUGGAGUUUUGCUUGGUCUAUCCAACACUGCUGGAGUUCUUGCUGGCGUCUUUGGUACAGCUGCAACUGGAUACAUUCUGCAACAUGGUUCUUGGGACGAUGUUUUCAAUGUGUCAGUUGGACUCUACUUGGUUGGCACUGUUGUCUGGAACCUUUUCUCAACUGGUGAAAAGAUCAUAGAUUAGAUUAAUCAUUGUUGAAUUUGCGGCUUUUUACACUACUCGAGCUAAAAAAAUCUUAGGGAAGUUAAAAGUGAAAGGUUGUAGAAAAAGAAGGGUUGAAAAUAGCAAAUGCAAGGAGUAGAAUAGAUACUUUCAUUUUGCUAUUCACAAGCAUUGUGGAGCUCAUUCUAAUCAAAAACCCAAAGUUCAAUUUCUUCUCCACUUUCCAAGUCAUGAAGUUCGAUGGAUUUGUUGGAUUUCUCACCUUUUCAACCAAGGGGAGAAUGUUAUAAUACAUAUUGGUAAAUAGCCCCAACAACAGCUUUGUAAAUGUCAUCAUUCAUACUAACAUAUCAAUUUUGUGAUUAUUAUGUUAUAAUAACAUAUAUAUUUAUCAUUUAAUGUAUGUAGUGUUUAUUUUAUAACCAAA